UCAGCAGACACCCAAUCCAAUCGUCUCUCAUUGUGCCGAAGCUGCAGAUAGUUUCAGCGGUUUAAAGUCCCUUUUAUUGGCGGUCUGUGUUUAUGGAGGCUGAACUCUGUAUCAUGACAGAAGUCUGAUGUAAAUAUCAGUGUUUCUAGCGUCUCUCUGUGUUGUUGAGGUAUUUUAAGGUCUUGUUUGUAAGAGCGGAAGAUGGCGGCGGUGUCUGUGCGGAGCAGCAGUCCAGGCGCGGAGUCCACUCUCAGCGGCACAGCAGCGACCACAGAGCGGCUGCGAGCGGAGGAGGGAUCUGAGGCAGAGAAAAAGAGUCGUGUAACUGCACUACUGGAGAGACUUCAUGCCAAACACAACUCAUCACGAUCCUGGCAGGAGACUAGUAAAGUGGUCCGGCAGGCGAUGGAGAAGCGUGGUGUGACGAAUACAGCUGGACAUCAACUGGUGCUCAACUGUUUAGAGACAUUGCAGAGAGCACUGAAAGUGUCCUCGCUGUCAUCAAUGACAGAUCGUCUGGAGUCCAUCGCUCGCCAGAACAUGUUGAGGUCGCACCUGAGCCCCUCACGGACUGAGUGCUACAUCACUUCAGACAUGUUCUACGUGGAGGUGCAUCUCGAUAAAGCAGGACAGCUCGUGGAUGUUAAAGUGGCCCAUCAUGGUGAAAACCCUGCGAGUUGUCCAGAGCUGAUACUGCAUUUAAGAGACAAGAACUUUGAUGAGUUUUCCAAACACCUGAAGGGUUUGGUGAAUCUAUACAAGCUCCCCGAUGACAGCAAAUUAAAGACAAAGAUGUACCUGGCGUUGCAGUCUUUGGAGUUAGACCUCACCAAGAUGAUGCACAUGUUCAGGAUAGCCACGAAUGCCAACACUGUGGAAACAAUACUUCACGGCAGCGUGGGUCUGCUGACGGCGAGGAGCGGCAGUCAUCUAGUGUCUCUACAGUGUUACGUGUCUCCAUAUGACAUCUUUGAGGAGGGAACAGGAACCCAACUCAACUUCACUGAUGCCAGUAUUCCUCGUACUCUCGGUGUGAGUGUAUCAGUGACUGUUGAGGGCACCUCAUCAGUUUAUAAGCUUCCCAUCGCUCCGCUCAUCACAGGAUCCCAUCCAGUCGAUAACAAAGGGACUCCGUCAUUUUCUUCAGUAACAAAUUCAAACUGUGUAGAUUUACCAGCAUGUUUUUUCUUGAAGAUGAAUCAGCCAAUGCCUUUCUCUUUAUCAUUUAUUCAAAGGAUGGGUAGUACCACAGGUAUUCCUGUGUUCGAGACUGCACCCACUUUGUCCCCGCUGUAUGACCUCAUCAUUAAGAGCCAACUGCAUGAAGAGGGAGGGGCCACCCCUCCUGCUUUGGCCCAAUCAAUGCGUUUCUAUGCGUCUUUGCCAGGACAGCAGCAUUGUUAUUUCGUGAAUGGUGAUGCCCCAGUCCAGGAGGGAAGGUCUCUUCAAGGAGCUUUGGUUUCCAAGAUUGCGUUCAGACAUCCUGCUCAGGUGCCUGCUCUCCUCGACAUCAUACGACACCAGGCUGCUUACAACACACUGAUAGGCAGCUGUGUCAAAAAGACCUACAUUAAGGAAGCAGAUACCCCUGGACUGCUGCAGUUUGAGGUGUGCCCGCUAACAGACUCCAGCUUUAGUGUGUCCUUUCAGCAUCCUGUCAAUGAAUCACUUGUCUGUGUGGUGAUGGAGGUGAUUGACUCAAGGCAGGUUGCCUGUAAGCUGUAUAAGGGUUUAUCUGAUGCUCUGAUCUGCACUGAUGACUUCAUUACCAAAGUAGUCCAGAGAUGUAUGUCCAUUCCCGUGACAAUGCGUGCCAUCCGACGCAAGGCAGAGACCAUUCAGGCAGACACUCCAGCAUUGUCCCUUAUAGCUGAAACUGUGGAAAUUAUGGUGAAGAAGAACCUGCCCCCAACUGGCAGCCCAGGUUACAUGGGAAUGGGUACAGGGCCUGAUAGGAGCAACCAAAUUGGUCUCCCUAGUCUAAGUGGUGGGGCCACCUCUGCAGGAAACAACAGUAUUGGGGGAAGUGGGUCUUUCCAAGGCUCAAUGACCUCACUGUUUAUUAUGAGUCAUACAGGUCAGGGAGGCUCAAGUAUAGACAGCAUGGGACAGGUUAGUGGUCAGCAGCAAACAUUGCAACAGCAACAACAACAGCAGAGCCAUGGUUCAGAUGACUUCAGCAAAGUCACUCAGAAUCCCAUCCUAACCAGCCUUUUGAAAAUCCCAGGCAGUGUCGGGUCUAGUCCUACUCCCCAGGCACCUCAGCCUCACCAGACCCCCCCACCGACCACCUCUCCCGCAAGCAACACCAAAAACCACCCCAUGCUGAUGAAUCUACUGAAGGAUAACCCCUCACAAGAUUUUGCUACAUUGUACGGCAGUAGCCCUCUAGAAAGACAGAACUCAUCUGGUUCCCCCCGGACAGAUAGCCAAGGGCAGUAUUGCCCUGGCAGCAAGGGCAAGAAAAAGCGUCCGAGAGUAUCUGAGAAAGGAGUAAUGGGAGCAGGAGGUGGAAUGGGCAUGAAGCAACAGUUUCAGCAGCAGGUUGGGGGCAUGACGCAACAGCAUCAUCACACUCACCACUCUGAAGAUGAUUUCCACCGAGAGCUUUUCUCCAUGGAUGUUGAUGCCUCCCAGAACCCCAUCUUUGAUGUCAGUCUACCAGGCGAUGGACUUGACACCCCUCACAGUAUCACCCCAGCACCAAGUCAGUGUGGGACUCCACCUUCAGUUCCUGGAAUACCAUACCUUUCACAGUCUCAUGUUCAGCCUCAGUCACAAAUCCAGUCUCAGACACAAAGAUCUGUACCCCGUAUGGUGCGACUCUCCAGCUCUGACAGUAUUGGUCCAGACAUUAAUGACAUUCUGUCUGAUAUUCCUGAUCAGGCCAACAAAGGAAGCAAUAGCAGUCAUGGUCAGCAUCUCAUGGGUGGUGAAGAAGGUGCUUCCUUAGGAACUCCACUCCAGGAUUCCUCCAGCUCAGGCCAAGGUAGUGCAGUGUUUGAGGCCGACCUGUUUAAUGCAAACAGCAAUGAAAAUCCCUUUACUGAUGCAGCAGACCUGAUUGCAGAGGCUGCCACUGCAGCAACACCAAAUAGCGAUUCUUCCUCUACUAAUUUCUUCCCAGAUACAGACUUCAACCCAGAGCUUCUGGGAACUGGACAGGGAAGCUUUGCACAGAAUUAUUUUGUAGACAGUUCACCCAGCCCUGACCGAGAUCUUGACCUGGUCAAAGGUUUCAGUGGGGGAAGUCAGCAGAACACCCCUACAGGCACACCUCAGAAUCCCACCUCACAUGGUCAAAAUACUCCAGAGGCCUCGUUGAAAGACCCCUUUGAAAUGGGAUUUUUUGGUGGGAACAGUAGUGGAGGAAAGCCAAUGCUGGGUACAGCAUCAGAUAUGGGAGACUCACACCCUUCUCAUGUUGGUGGGGGCCAAAGUCCACUCAUGAUGGGCAUUGGGGCAGCUGUUAGUGAUUUUAAAACCAGUGAUUCAAAGAUUAAACAGCAGCAGCAGAUGAGAUCAAAGGAGGAUAAUGGAGGAGAAAACUCUGGAAUAGGAAUGGGUGGGACAGGUUCUUCUGAAGUGAAGCAGGUGAAGCGCAGUCGUACUCCUUCAAGUGAGAGCAAAUCGAAAGACAAACCACCAAAGCGUAAGAAGCUAGAUCCUGAUGGCAAGUCCCCUUCACACAGCUCAGGGGGUCGACCUUACACACCUCCAUGUGGGAGUGCCGGUUCUGGAGGAUCCAUGAGUGGUGGUGGAUCCAAGUCACCUGGGAGCUUGGGUAGGUCUCAGACCCCACCAGGAGGUGCUACUCCACCAAUCCCCAAAAUCACAAUACAGAUUCCCAGGACUUUAACUGGAGGGAAAACAUCUUCUCAUGGAGGUUACACAUCAAGUAGCUCAACAAGCGGAGGUACUAGUAGUACAAGUGGCACAAGCAGUAGCAAAAGUCACCAUUCCCACUCUUCUUCCUCAGGGAAGAUUAAGAGUGGUAAACUAGAAGGCUCCAGUGGGCAAGGCAGCAUCUCCAAAUCAUCAAGCAUUGGAGGGGUUGGAGGUGGCAUGCAUCCUCAGUCCAAAGGCUCCUCCAUGGGAAUGGGUGUAGGCAAGCCAUCCUCCUCCCCCAUUACCAAGCAUGGUAUGUCAGGCUCAGGCAGUGGUGGCAGCAGUGGAACAGGAAGUGGAAACAAAAUUAAGCCCCAAGGUGGUAAGCCCCCUGGUUCCCUCAUGAACCCUAACAUCAAGCCCAACAUCUCUCCUUCACACUCUCGUUCUGGCAGUUCUGACAAACUUUCCUCUCCGAUGAAACUUCAGCAGAGCCAGGUCCCUGGGACCCCACCCUCUUCUAAAGCUAAGUCCCCUAUUGGCUCAGGCAGUGGGGGAUCAGGGGGCUCUAAGUCCUCUUCUAGUGGUGGAAUGGGUACUCAAAAACAAUUAGGCAGUAGUUCAUCUACAGGCUCUUCUGCAUCAUCAUCUUCCUCUUCAAGCUCCUCCUCUUCCUCUGGCUCCAUGCCCUUUUCUUCAGGUGGCCAGUCACAGUAUGGGAGUAGUGGAGGUUGCAGUGGUGGGGGUGGGAACAACCCUAAUGCAAAGGGUAAGUCACCAAGCCGAAACAAAAAGCCAUCUCUUACGGCAGUCAUAGACAAACUGAAGAGUGUUGGUGGAGGUAUUGGUGGGGAGGAGGGUGAAGGUGGUGGUGGCAGUGCAGGUGGAGGAGUGCCUCCAAAUGUUGGUCCUACAUCCUCCAAGCAUGGAAUGUCCUCCCAGGGAGGAGAGUUUAUGAGCAAACGAGAGAAGAUGGACAAAGAAGGCAAAUCUAAGGUGUCAGGGGGCAACUCUGGUGACAAGAAGUUGAUUGAUCCCAAAAGUGGCACGGUGAGUGGAACUGGUGUGGCAAAGAUUAUUAUCAGCAAGUCUGAUGGGGGCUCUCCAAGCAUUAAGUCUAAAGUAACUCUACAGAAACCUGGAGAAGGUUCUGGAGAUGGCUCCAUGCGCUCUCAGCAUCCAGGCCACAAAGCGUCACCCCUUUUCAGUGGCUCUACACCAAAACAUGACCGCAGCUCUCCAAGUCACAGCCGGUCCCCUGGGUACACCCCCCUAAACCCAGACAGUGAGAGCGAGUCUGGCAGCAGUUCUGUUGCAGAAAAAUCACACCAGAACAGCCCUAGCUCAGAUGAUGACCAAAGUAUGAGACCACACCAACCCCCACAAGACUACCUGAGUUCCAUAGCCAUCAGCCAAGGUGAGAAACACAAGAAGCAUAAAAAGGAGAAGAAAAAGCAGAAGGAGCGGGAAAGGGAUAGGGACAGAGACAGAGAAAAAGAAAAGAAGAAGUCAACAAUGUCUUGUGGGCCUUCCUCUCACUCAUUGAAGACAGACAGCUGGUCUAGGUCCCCUAUUUCCUCAGAACCUUCAAUGUCAUUGCUUAGCUCAGAGCGCACCUCACGACCAAGUCCUGUGUAUAUGCAUACAGAGGAUGACGACCUCAUGGACUCUGCCUUAACAGGCAAUCUAGAACCAUUUAAAUAGACAAUGCUAUGCUCUGUAAUUUGGGGACUGGUUUUUUACAUUGACAAAACAAUAUUUUAAGUAUUUUAUGAAGAUUAUGUUGUAUUAUUUUAUGCCACAUGCCACUCUUAAUAUUAUGUAUUGCAACGGGAAGUGCUUUGAUCAUUUAAGGAAAAAAUAUCUUUGGAUCCUUGAAGCCAUCCUUUUAAGGAUUUUUGUAUUAUUAUUUUUUUUUUUUUGUAUUAUUUUUUUUUAUUUUUUACUUUUGACAGAAAAUUGGGUGCACGAUUUGAAAUAGAUAUUUCGUAGUUAUGUUAUUUUUAAUUGAAAGCCCAUUGUUUUGUGUCUGUCUCAGACCUACAUUAUAAUAUUCACUGUGAAAUUCAACUUUAAAAGGGUAAUAUUGUCAUUUGUAAAGGGGUCAUUUAACUUUCAAGAUAACUUGACAAAUCCAUAUUUAAAUCCAUAUUCAUGUUUAAACUGUCUUUUCAUUUAAGUCUCUUGUUGUCAAAGAAAAGAAAAUAACAUCCACUUUUUAAAAGAAAUGUAAAGCAUUUUUCCUCUUGUCAUGCUAUUCUCAGAAUGUUUCACAACCCUUUACAGUAUCAAAUGCCUUAAUAUUUGUUUAAAAUAUUUUUAUUUUAUAUCCUUUUAUUCAUAAUUUUUAAUAUUUAGUUAACAACUGGAGAUGAGCAUAACAAGAAAUCAUUUUGAUGUAAAUACAGAUGUAGUUUUACAUAACUAAAAUAAAUAUGCUGGUGCCAAUUUUCUGUUGCUUUUUGAAUGCCUUGCCCGUAACUUCAAGUUACCAUAUGUCAUUAGUGAAAAAUCAAAAGAUGUCCCUGGUAUCUUAUAGUUUAAAAAAGGUACCCUUUAAAGAGUGCUGGUUACAUUAGUUAUGAAAAGAUGUACAAUUUGUGCCGUAUAAUUAAUUAUUCAUGAGAAGGUGUGGCAUAAACCUAAAAGGAGUGCUUUUCUGUCAUCCUGAUUGCAUUGUGCAAAAGCACAAAGUUGCAUGUGACCGACAACUCUGAAAUGUUUGUUUGCAAUGUGAAUUUUACAGAAGAAAGAAUUAUGGAGAGGAGGACAAGGGCUUGUUUGAAAUGCAUUAUUUUUAUGUAGGGUGCAAAAACAAACAGUUUGCCAUUUAUUUGCAUUAAUUUAGACACUAAAUCUGAAGAAACCAAAUGCCCUGUGUGUAUUUUUGUAUUGUUUUAAGCACUUUCAAUGCAGUGUAUCAAUUUCGGAAACGUCCUGGUUACUUGCAUAACCUCCGUUCCCUGAUGGAGGGAAUGAGACGUUGUGUCAGUGUAGUGACACUAAGGGUCACUCUUGGGAGCCCGAGACACGUCUGGUCUUUGAUAAAAGGCCAAUGAAAAUUGGCGAGUGGUAUUUGCAUGCCACUCCCCCGGACAUACGGGUAUAAAAGGAGCUGGUAUGCAACCACUCAUUCAGGUUUUAUGCUGAGGAGCCUAGACAAGGUCCGGCCAUUUCA